UCAUCUAUUCACUCUGUUCUCGUACCACGUCUUGUUCUUCCCCUUCUCUUCCAUGCACAAUGCCCACCUGGAGCUUGAGACCUCUGCUUCUCUCUCUUCUGAUAAAAAUCAUGGUCACGUCAUUCACCACCGACCCACCAUAGCCGCCAUAACCACAACCACCAUAAUGGAAGAACAAGAUAAGAAGUACUUCUAUUACAAACCCAUUCCCGAACCAGACUGGUUCACAAAGCUAGUGCUUCUCCAAGCCGAGUUGAUCCACAACUCAUUGUCGUUUCUCUUCUCACCUGUGAUUUUCCUUAUGUCCCUUGUCUCCGACUCGUACCGCCGCGCAGAGAAGACAACUGUCUCUAUCGAGACGGCGGUUCAGAAAGCCCCAACUGUCCUCACCCAUGGGACCAUCGCAUUGCUGAAGCGAUUGGGGUUUGGGAUUGUCGGGGCCGCCUACGUCUGCAUGGUUCUGCUUCUUGUUAUGAUUUUUGCUGUCGUUUUGGGUGUUGGGUUGGUCCGAUUUUGGGUGGAAGAGCCUGUGAUUUUGAAAGAAAGGUUGCAUUUUGAUUUUACCGAACCUCACCCAAGAGCAAUGUUCUCGUUCGGGAAUUGGCAAGGGUUUGAAAUGGGUCAGAAGAAGAAACCAGUUAUGGGUGUUCCAAUGGGUCAUACAUUCUCCGUCUCUGUUGUACUUCUGAUGCCUGAAUCUGGUUUCAAUAGGGAGGUUGGUGUAUUUCAGUUGAGUGGAGAGGUUUUAUCCACCGAUGGUCACGUAAUGGGAAAAUCAAGUCUGCCUUGUAUGUUACGUUUCAGAAGCCUACCAGUCCGAUUAGCAAGAACUUUUAUUAUGAGCAUACCCCUAGUACUUGGAAUAGCUGGUGAAACACAGAAACUAACCAUUGAAAUACUGAAAUACAAGGAGGGAUAUCCAAGAACAGGAGCUAUAAGAGUAAUAAUGAGUCCAAGAGCUGGAACCCAUUUUCUCCCACAGUUGUAUGAAUCUGAAAUUGUCAUGAAAUCAAAGCUUCCAUGGACGAAAGAAUUCGUUCGAAGUUGGAAAUGGACAUUCUAUGUGUGGUCAUCUCUGUACACUUACAUUAUUAUUUUGAUUGCUAUGUUUUCUUGUUGUAAAUCAGUCUUCUUCCCAUUUUCGGCUGCAAUCUCGGGCGACCUUGGUGAGAGAGGAGCAUUGGCAGGUGAACCAGCUAUGGAUCAUCCACAGAUGAGUGGUGAUGAAGGAGAAGAUGUUUCAGAGAUGCUGAGAAAAUGGAGGCGUGGCAGAAGCAAGAGAAAGGCUUUAUCUUUGCCAGAAACUGUUGGCUCUUCUGCCUCAUCCUUUACUAUAACAAGAGAAGAAAGUAGUGCAGCUGGUGAUGUAGAUGUAGGGGACUCAGAAUCAGUGUGUUUAGAUCAAGAAUGACUUGGUUAAUUGGUUCAACUGUUUAUUAGUAUCAAAGUUUUUGUAAACAUUGCUUGGAAUUCUUUAACAGAUAUCAUAAUAACGAGAAUACUUUUAUGUACUGAAUUACUUUUCCUA